AUGGAAGACGAUUCUGAUGAGUUUGAAUCUUCUAAAUCUGAUGAUUAUCAUGACUUUGGAGGAUUUGAACCUUCUGAUAGUGUGUUACAUGAGAAUUCUACUAACAAAGUCCAAUAUAAUGUGGCAUUCUUUAACAACUUAUCACCCAGGGGCAUUGGGUCCCAAGGAGCAACUGAAAGAAUCAAACUCCUAAAGAAACAACACAAGCUUUCCUUACUAAUCCUCCAAGAACCUAUGGCUGGAGCAGACAAGAUAUACAGAUUCAAAAGGGCACUUGACUUCCCUUUUGCAUUUUCUAAUUGUUCAAAUAAAAUUUGGGUUCUAUGGAAUCCAGACUUCACCAUUGACAUUCUUGAGGACAAAGACCAACAAGUUCUACUGAAACUACUUCACUUGAACAAUCCGAACCCUUUUUACAUCACUGUUGUCUAUGGAAAGUGUGAUGAAGCUCUUAGAAUGGAACUGUGGGAUGACCUAAGAAACACUGCUGAAAGAAUCCAAGGCCCCUGGGGGCUGAUUGUGGUCUGCAGGAUGCAGGAUUCUUUGGUUCUAAUUGUUGCACCUCAUUUUUACCAAAGGGAUCCUCCUAAAACCAUUUGGGAGAGGCUCGAUAGGCUGGUUUACAACUCUGAAUGGUUUGAUACGUUUGGCUCAACUUUGGUUACCCAUCUGUCUAGGACAGGAUCUGAUCAUGCCCUCCUUCUUAUUCAUGCUGGCACUGAGGAGAUGAAUUUUAUCAAGUAUUUCAAGUUUUUAAAUAUCUGGACUGAACAUGAAGAUUAUUUAUCUAUUGUCAAAGAGGCUUGGGAGAUCAAUGCAACUGGGAAUCCCCUUCAGGCCCUCCAUCAGAAGAUUAAAAAUGUUUGCUCCAGGUUAAGUGCGUGGUCGAGGAUAGCAUUUGGGGACAUCUAUGAAGAGCCCAAGAGACUUGAAAUCUUGAUUAGAAGUUUAGAGGAGGCCAUGAUCUUGGAUACCUCUUCUGAAAGUAGAAUGCAACUUGCUAGGGCCAGAGCUGAACUUUCCAGGUUUCUGAUUCUCCAAGACUCUAUACUAAGGCAAAAGGCAAGAGUUAGGUGGCUUUCUGAAGGAGAUACCAACUCGGCUUUCUUUCAUGGGAUAAUCAAAGGGAGGAGGAAGAGGUUAAACAUCCAAAAGAUUAGAGAUGAAGAUGAUAAUCUAUUUGAAGGAACUGCUGCUAUUGCAGAAGCAGCAGUGGUUUUUUUUCAGAAGCUCUUCUCACCUGAACCAACCACUGAUGAACCCACCUCUUUGAAUGUUAUCCAAAGUGUAGUUUCUGAUGAAGAUAAUAGAUUUUUGAAUGUCAUUCCCUCCAGAGAAGAGAUUAAGGAGAUUGUUUUCUAA